UUUUUCGUUACAAAAAAACGGUUAAUAGUUUCGGAAAAGUUCAGCGAAUAGGUGGAAAGUUCGCUGCUCUAGUGUACAAACGAAGCAAAGCAGGCUUUGCAGCACAUUUUUCACCCAGGAAACGGUUUAAUAAAAGGCCUCAAAACGGAGCACAUAACGAAAAUGAUGGAUUUCAGCGGUGGGGCCUAUGGCGGAGGCAAAGCAGGUGGGGCCUUUGAUCCUAUCGGCUUUGUGAUGAGGCCCACCGUGAUCCUGCGAGGCGUUUGUUUGCUAUUUGCGAUAAUCGUCUUCGGUUGCAUAUCAUCUGAGGGUUGGCGGGAAGAGAAUGGAAAGGAGUAUUGCAUAAUCAAUCGAGACACAAAUGCUUGCAACUACGGUGUCGGUAUCGGAGUUAUCGCCUUUCUCGCUUCGAUAGGAUUCAUUGUCGGAGAGUACUUCUUCGAGCAGAUGUCGUCGGUGAAAACGCGGAAGCACUAUGUCCUUGGGGAUCUUGGGUUCUCAGCUUUGUGGACCUUCCUGUACUUCAUAGGCUUCUGCUAUCUAACCAAUGCGUGGGGCAAGGCGGACGAUCCGCCGAACGGCGAAGGUGUCAACAACGUUCAGGCUUCCAUCGUGUUCUCGUUCUUCUCGAUUUUCACCUGGGCUGCCUGUGCCUAUUUUGCGUACCUGCGCUUCAAAGCUGGCGUGGAUCCCUCGUUCUCGUCAACGUACGAGUCGGAUCCGAAUGCAACCACGCAGUACUCGGCCUAUCCGGUGGGCGGCGGCGACAGCGAACAGUUCCAGCAGGCACCGUUCGGCGGGCAGCAGCAACAGCAGCAACCGGCUGGCGACUUCACAGCUACCACUUAUUAAAUUAACUCACAACUAACGCACCCUUAUUCGGCGUUCAGCGGCGAAACAUUAGCAGGAAGCAGAGCAGUAAACCGG